ACUCAUUUUUUUAGGACAAAGCGAAUUUAUAUCAAUAAUUAUUAAUAUUAAUUAUAAACUAUGUGAUUCAGUGUUUUAGAAUAGUUAUUUGGUAAAACUCAUAGUAGUUCAUUUCCAAAAUAUCUUCUAAAUUUCAUGCAGUCUAAGAAAGAACUGCAGUUUUUCAACUUGAAACAGAUUGUUGUUGUUCUUCACGAAAAAUUAGCGUUAGCUGUUUUAACUAUUUUCAUUUUAGCAUAUGAGAAUAUUGGGACAGGAUAACAGAAAUGAUAGCGAGUACAGAGUUAGAGAUUCGCAUGAAGCCAAAGGAAAGUGAUGAUUUGGAUGAAAGUGUCUUGAACAAUGUUCAAGAAAGCUCUAACCCAGAUGUUGUAGAUAAUGAUAAAUUUAAUCUGAAGAGGGAUCAAUGGUCAAGUAAACUGGAUUUUAUUCUUGCCUGUGUAGGAUGCGCUGUAGGACUUGGCAAUAUUUGGAGAUUUCCAUACUUGUGCUACAAGAAUGGAGGAGGUGCGUUUCUGAUACCAUAUAUUAUAUGCCUUGUCACUUGCGGUUUGCCGCUUUUCAUGAUGGAACUGGCUCUCGGACAAUAUAUGCGUAUUGGCAAUGUGGAAACAUGGGCUAGACUAAUUCCAGCAUUUAAAGGAAUAGGAAUAGCAUCGUUUGUUGUCACUUUCCAAAUGAACAUCUACUAUAUCAUAAUCUUGGCUUGGGCUGCCUACUUUCUUGUCAUGUCGUUUACUUCAACGCUUCCGUGGUCACAUUGUAACAAUGCAUGGAAUACAGAUUGGUGUUUCACGCAACUGAAUGUAACACCAGUUAUUAAUGUUCCGUCAGUUCUGGCAAAUGAAUCAACCCAAGGCAAGACCGUCGACGCUGUAAUAGAGUUCUGGGAGAGAAAGGUUCUACAUAUUUCCGGAGGUAUUGACGAGCCGGGAAACAUAGUUUGGGAGUUGGCUGUAUCCUUACUCGUUAUCUGGAUAUUAGUAUAUCUAUGUGUUUGCAGAGGCGUCAGAGUUAGCGGAAAAAUAGUUUAUUUUACUGCUUUAUUUCCAUAUGUGAUUAUAACAAUACUGCUUAUACGUGGGGUGACUCUAGAUGGAGCAAGGGACGGUAUAUAUUUCUACCUCAAGCCAGACUUCUCAAGACUUUUAGAUCCACAGGUUUGGGUAGACGGGGGGACGCAGAUUUUCUUCUCCUAUGUCCUGGCAACUGGCGUUGUUACUACGCUCAGCAGUUACAAUAAAUAUCGUAACAACUUCUACAGGGAUUGCUUUAUCAUAGCGACGUUUAAUAGCUGUACUAGUUUCUAUGGCGGAUUUGCAGUGUUUUCAGUUCUUGGAUUCAUGGCGAAGGAGCAAAAUGUUACUGUCAGUGAAGUUGCCAAAUCUGGUCCUGGUUUAGUGUUUAUUGCCUAUCCUAAGGCUAUCACGAAGAUGCCAAUAUCACCUCUAUGGGCUGUACUUUUUUUCUUCAUGAUAUUACUGGUUGGGUUUGACAGUCAGUUUGUAGCUGUAGAAGCAUUAUUGGCGCCAAUUAUAGAUGCUUUCCCACAAUACCUGUACCGGAAGAGAAACAGAAUGAUUCUUACCGCAGUUUACUGUGUAGUUACUUAUUUUCUUGGACUAUCGAUGCUAACAGAGGGUGGGAUGUAUGUGUUUCAACUCUUUGACUACUACAGUGCCAGUGGACUGGUCUUGCUAUGGAUUUGCUUCUUUGAGGCAGUUGUUGUCUCAUGGGUGUUUGGAGAGGAACGUUUCCAGGAAGCAGCUGAGAUGAUGAUAGGACGGAGAUUUCCAUGCUGGUUUUUUAUGUGUUGGAAAUACAUCAUACCAGUCAUAACCUCUGCGAUAUUUAUUUUCUCCAUAGUGUCGUUUAAACCGCUGACCUAUGAGAAGACAUAUAUCUAUCCUAGAUGGGCUCAGGCAAUUGGGUUUUGUAUGGCUCUUGUGUCAAUGAGUUGUAUCCCCGUAGUUUUCAUAUACACGCUAAUAACUACAAGGGGAACACUACGACGGAGAUGGCAAAUCAUAUUCACACCACUGCUGCAAACGCACCAGAUUUCAGUGAAAGAGUAACCACCAGUCAUGCAAUUGCAUAUAAAAACCUAUAGUGAUGUAACAGACCUUAAAUGUUUACUUGGAACAACGGCCGAUUAUUAACAUCAUCCAUGUUAUGUUGUUGGCCACAAUUUAAUUCUCUUUUAGAAUGCUAACUGGAGUUGUCUUCCUGUAAUACA